UUUUGAUUUUGCUCGACCACACAUCCGAAUGUUUUUUGAAAAUUUCAUGUACAGUAUUUUGGUAUAAUUUUAGGUUUUUAUAUAGGUUUUAUCUAGCGAAUAACACCAGACUUAAAUGAUUUCCUACGGGUAUAGUCCCCUCCAUAUUUGGUAUCGUCCGUGACCUUCAGCUUAAUUGUGACGUAUGAGGUCAUCCUUUUACAACCGGCAUUGAAUCAGAAGUCCAAGUCGAAGGCAACAGCAAAGAAAAUGGCAGACAUACCAGCAGGAGAUGCAGAAAAGGGAAAGAAAAUCUUUGUACAGAAAUGUAAACAGUGCCAUACAAUAGAAAAGGGAGGAAAGCACAAAGUUGGACCAAAUUUGCAUGGACUGAUCGGCAGGAAAACUGGACAAGCACCUGGAUUCCCUUACACAGAUGCCAACAAAUCAAAAGGAAUCACAUGGGCAAAAGACACAUUGUUUAUCUACCUUGAAAACCCAAAGAAAUACAUCCCAGGAACAAAGAUGAUCUUUGCUGGAUUAAAGAAACCACAAGAACGAGGUCAUCUUAUAGCAUACAUCGAGUCAGAAAGCCAAGAUUGAUUAUACUCAUUUUAGGAUUUUUUAAAACAUUUAUUUAUGGAUUCUUAACAUGUACAUCUGAACAUCAUUAACUCUGUGUGUCUGGUUUACACAUUGAUAAACAGUCGUAUUUUGUUGAUCAGUAGCAUUGUUUUUAAAGUUUUUAAAACACCAUAAGGUUGAAUAUUGAGUUUUUAAUAAAGUAUUACAUGCCAGUAAA